UAAACUCAACAGCGAAAUAUCUUUAUUCCCUAUGGUUAAUAAUUAUUGAAUUACAACAUAAAUAUCCAAUUUCAUCAAAUGCAGAACUUCAAACGUCUAAAACGAAUUGUGCCAAAGCAUUUUCGAUAUUUUUCAAUUGCUAUAGUUUUCACAAAUAUUUAAACCUGAUAAGAUGUUUACUCAUUCAAGAGUUAAAAUUGCUAUCGUUGGAGCCGGACCGGUUGGGUCGUUGUGUGCAUGUUUUAUGGCAGAAAAUGGAUAUGACGUUACCGUCUACGAAAGUCGAACAGAUAUUAGACUUGAUAAAUCUACAUCAGGACGUUCUAUAAACUUGGCAUUGUCGGAAAGAGGCAUUAACGCUCUCCAAUUUAUCGGACUCGAUAAUAUUGUUAUUGAAGAACUAACAGAACCUAUGUACGGUCGAAUGAUCCAUUCAAUUGAUGGCCAUAAAUAUAGCAUUAUGUAUGAUAUUAACAAAUCCAAGUGUUUAUACUCUGUUAGCAGAAAGGAACUCAAUGAAUUUUUAUUAACAAAACUAGAAAAAUAUCCAAAUGUGAAAUUAAACUUUUCGCAUAAACUCGUCAAUGUUGAUUUCAAUGCUAAUCUAUUAACGUUUCAAAAAUUAUUAGAAAACCAACAAGAAACUGUGAAACCAGAUAUAAUUAUUGGAUGCGAUGGGGCUCAUUCCAUUAUUCGUAAACAUAUGAUUCGUUUGCCAAUGUUUAAUUAUUCACAGACAUAUAUAGAUCAUGGUUAUUUUGAAAUAAGCUUACCUUCAACUGCAACAAAAGAUACUUUAACUCCAGGUCAUCUUCAUAUUUGGCCGAGAAGUACAUUUAUGUUGAUAGCAUUACCAAAUAAAGAUAAAUCUUGGACUUGUACUUUAUUCAUGCCAAUGGAUCAAUUUCCAUUGAUAUUAGAAUCUGAAAAGGAAGAGAUUUUAAGGUUUUUUAACGAAUAUUUUAAGGAUUUUAUGGACUUGAUUCAACCAGAACAUUUAUUAAACCAAGUGACAAAUGGAAAAGCACGAACUCUUAUCUCUAUUAAAUGUAAUCCAUAUCACGUUAAUGAUAAUUUCCUGUUGAUGGGAGACGCUGCUCACGCUAUUGUACCUUUUUAUGGUCAAGGCAUGAAUGCUGGCUUUGAAGAUUGUACAAUUUUGAACCAACUACUCGAAGAAUAUGACCAUGAUUUAAAAACAGUUAUUAAAACGUUUUCAUCAAGAAGAAUUGAAGAUGCAGAAGCUAUUAGUGAUUUAGCUUUUUACAACUAUAUUGAAAUGCGUGAUUUAGUUGCUCGUAAAAGCUUUUUGUGGCGGAAAAAAUUGGAUAACAUACUAAAUAAAUGGUUUCCUCAGACGUGGAUACCGCUGCAUAGCUCGGUCUCUUUUACAACAAUUGGCUAUAAACAAUGUAAGCUCGACAAUCAGUGGCAAGACCAAAUUAUAUUUAGAAUGUUUAUUCUAUUCGCAACAUUCUUUUCCAUCAGUUUGUAUUUUUUUGCAUCUAUAAUGUCUAAAACAUUACAAUAAAACCAACUACACACAGCACACAUACAUCAAUUAUAUCUAAUAUUGUGAAUAUUGAUCCAGAUUACAAUAUUAUGAACAAGAGUUAUUAACUAUUAAUUAAUAUACUAUUUAUCAAUGUACUCUUUCAUUGCACAAUGAUUUCUAUUUAGCGUCCAUGCAUACGUGUGUUGGUCCAAUAAGGCACAAAUCAUAACAUAAAAUCAAUAUAAUUUCAAGUAAUAUUAGUAUCUUUUGCCAUUGUUAAAAUAGGUACCUUAUAGCUGAUACAUAACAAUUAAUUUAUCUAUGCAAAUAAUAAUAGUGAAAUAAAUUGUUAGCUUAAAUUGUCUAUGAUAUCAAAUUAAUGAUGAAACACCAUAAAAUAAAUAAAAUAUUCAUGAAUAAGCGGAGAUAACUGUUAAUUACAUAAAAUAAAUUAAAUAUUACCAAUAGGAAACUCACUUUUCACGCCACUCACGCCUCUUACAAUUAUAAAACAAAUUACGAAUUACGAAUUACCUUCCACAUUAUUGUACGGGCCAUUUUGUUUUAAAUUUUUAAUAAUAAUGUACAAAAAUUGUAACAUACCUAAUGGUUCUCGAGUGUUACCUAAUUUCUUGUCAUAAAAUAUUUAUGUCAAAUAAAUAUUAGGUCAAUCAAGCACAUAUACUAUCAAAUAAAUGUGUUGUAAAUUUAUCUUAAAUUAAAAUGUAUAUUUAAUGACCUCGCCCAACAAUUAUAUCUUCUCUCUGGUUAUAGAGAAUACAAAUUUGGAGUCAAGCCAAGCAAGGCACUCCAAUAUAAGACUUAUAUAUAAGCUUUCCAGUCUAUAGGACUUGCAGAUCACAAUAAUAGUAAAUUAUAUAGCAACUCAACAGUUGGUACGAAAAUUCCAUUCUUAACACAAUUCGAACCAAAAUAUUCUAAUCCUCGUUCCCUAAUAAUCACCAUCCUCAAUCGCCAUCCUAACAAUCCACCUAGAAGACUGAAGAUUGAAUAAAAAUUAUAAUUGUAUACAUAAAUAAAUACCAUUUGCUUA